AUGAGCCGCCAUACUAACGGAUACCACCACUCUCCUUCGUCUUCUGCUCACUACUCCAACGGCGACCACUCCUCAGUGAACCCCUUUGCCGGACAGAACAUCGGCUACCUCCGCCUGGCCGUGGUCGGAGACAGUGGCGUCGGCAAGACCUCCUUCGCCCGCCAGUUCACAGAAACUUUGCCCGAGGUCCUCUCCCACGACUGGGAACCCCUCUCGCCAACUCAUUCGGAAGAUGAUGACUACAAACGGACCGACACUCUCAUCGAAAAGUUCUCAUCCACGAUGAUGGAGAUUCCCUGGGACAACAUGGAUGCAGACGACGAAGUCCCUGCUCGCAACCUAGUCUUUGUUGAUACCCCUGGAUACGGAAGUGUUGUGGAUGCUCAGCUCAACUUUGACAUGUUCAUGUCUUAUAUCGGCCAGACUUUCGAUGAAAAGAACAAGCGCAUCUCGCCCUUCACAGAAGUCUCCAACAAUGAACUCAUGCGCUCCCUUGUCACUGGUGUGGGGGCGCACAAGUUUAUUGAUGUGGUGUUUUACUUGGUUGUGCACCGGUUGAAGGCCAUUGACGUGGAAUACAUGCGGUUGAUCUCGGAAAAAGCGAACGUGGUACCGGUGAUUUGCAAGGUCGACACACAGUCGGAGCAAGAAGUCCGGGACCUUAAGGUCCAGGUCCUCAGGACUCUCAAGGAACAAGGAGUGUCGAUUUACACCUUCAGGAUCGACUACGACCGUUUGAUUCACAUGGCUGAGAACGGACAGGUCGGCGGCCCUCCAUUUGCAGUCUCCAACACGGCAGUCAAGCCUGCCUCUGAUGAUGCCGACGACCAUAUUGCGUUUACGCCAGCAUCGAAUGAGCUGCCAUUGCUCAGGAAGUUGGUCCUAGAGACCCAGAUCACCAACAUUCGCCAGUUCACUGUUAAAAAGUUUAUCAACUGGCGUGGAAAGCACCUUGCCCAGCAGCAGCAGCAGCACCAACAACACCAGCAGCAGCAGCCAUUACAACAACAGCAGGCUUACUAUCAACAGCACCAAUACCAGCAGGCCGCCCGUUAA